AUGAAGAAAGCUGAGCUUGUGUUCAUCCCUGUAUCGGCCACAGGCCAUCUCAUUCCCAAUAUCGAGCUCGCAAAGCGCUUCUUAAGUCGAGAUAAUCGUUUCUCGAAAACCAUUCCUGUCAUAGAUUUUCCUACUGACACAUCUAUUACAGCUGCAUACACCAAUUCAUUUGUUGAAUCCAACCCUCAAAUAAAGUUCAUCUAUCUUCCUCCGACCGCAGACUUCUCUCCUUCCCAAGAAGCUAAUAAAUCUGCAGAAAAGUUCUUAACCGAGUUCAUAGAUUGUCACAAAGCUUCUGUUAAAGAAACCAUUAUCAAGCAUGUGCUUUCCGGUUCUGAUUCAAUCUCACUUGCUGGAUUGGUUGUUGAUUUCUUUUGUACAUCAAUGAUUGAUGUGGCCAAUGAACUUGGUGUUCCUUCUUAUUUGUUCUUCCCUUCUGGUGCGGCUUAUCUUGGGCUCUUUCAGUACCUUCUGUUCGUUUUUGUGAUGCUGGUUGUUCAAAGAAGAAGAGAGAUAAAAACUAAAACUGGACAUGUAUUUUCAUUAGACAAAAUCUGCAUAUAA